AUGCAAACAUCAGGAAUGAUGAUGAGUGUUGGUCCUAAAACUCUCUCUAACUAUCACAAAGACCCUCUUUGUCAUAUAACUAAGCUUUCUCUUUUUCCUCGCCGUUUGCUUCAGAACCAAACUCUUUCUCGAAAACAUACAAAACAAGAUUCGUUCUAUGUAACGGCUACUAGAGGUGGUCUUGAGAGUACUCGUCCCUUGGCUCAGUUUACUCCCACUUUGCUAGGAGAUCACGUCUUCUCUGUCCCCCUUGACGGUUCUGAGUUCGAUGCAAUUGAACAUGAUACUGAAUCGGUUAUGAAGCCAUACGUGCAAGAUAUGCUCAUGUCUAACUACACCUAUGACAAGGAGAAGAUUCGUCUCAUUCACUUGCUUAUCAGUUUAGGGAUCUCACAUAAUUUCGAAGAGGAAAUCGAAGAGAUUCUAAACAAGUCUUUUGGGAAGUUAGAAGGCUUAAUUGCCGAGGAAUAUGAUCUGGAAACAAUCUCUACUAUGUUUGAGGUUUUCAGGUUGUAUGGUCACAAAAUGUCUUGCGACGUGUUCAAAAGAUUCAGAGGGGAACAUGAUGGAAAGUUCAGGGAAGAUCUUGUUGGAGAUGUUCGAGGAAUUUUGCAGUUGUAUCAAGCGUCAUUUCUCAAAACAAAAGAUGAGGAUAUAAUGGAGGAAGCGCAAAGUUUCACUAGGAAUUACUUGGAGGCGGUGACUACUAGUACUCAUCCACAUCUCUCUAAGUAUAUACAAAACACAUUGUACAUACCUCGAUAUCAUUGCACGGAAAUAGUAAUUGCAAGGGAAUACAUCUCAUUUUACGAACAAGAAGAAGACCACGAGGAGAAGCUGCUUAAGUUUGCCAAACUUAAUUUAAGAUAUUGCCAGCUGCAUUACGCAAAAGAGCUCAAAGCUCUCACUAAAUGGUGGAAGGAGCUGGAUCUUGCAUCUAAACUACCUUUUAGUUUUCGGGACAGAACUGUGGAGAUGUAUUUUGGGAUGAUGGGUAUAUAUUUCGAGCCAAGAUAUUCCCUUGCAAGAAUUAGAGGCACUAAAAUUUCCAUGAUCAUGUCGGUUGUUGAUGACAUAUAUGAUGCUUAUGGCACACUUCCGGAAGUUAUAAGUUUCACUGAUGCUUUGCAAAGGUGGGAUAUUGGAGACAUUGAAGAUCUACCAAGCUAUAUGCAAAUUAUCUUCCGUAAUUUGUGGGAAACUAUGAAAGACAUCGAACAUGAAAUGAGUUCGCUAGGAAGACUUGGCGGUGUGCAACCGACUAUAGAUGAGAUAAAGAGUCUCACCAAGGAAGGGUAUCUAGAGAUAGCAAAAUGGGCACGCGCAGGUCACGUGCCAAGCUUUGAGGAGUACAUGGAUGUUGGAAUCGUCUCAGGCGCAAUGGAUGACGUGGUAGUCUACAGCUUUCUAGGGAUGGAAGAUAAUUGUGAUGAGAAGAUAAUGUACGAGUGGUUUGCCUCUAGACCAAAAGUCAUUUUAUCUUUCAAUGUUGUGUUUCGUCUGGUUAACGACAUAGCUACGUUUGAAGAAGAGUUGGAGAGAGGAGAGGUGGCAAAUGGAGUCAACUGUUACAUGAAGCAGCAUGGUGUCAGUCAAGAAGAAGCGGUUACAGUAUUGAAGAAGAUGAUUAAGGAUCAACAUGAGAUAAUGAUGGAAGAGUUCUUUAAAGAAGCAUCAUCCUCUAGUGUACCACGUCAGAUUCUAGUGCGAGUCUUCAAUACUGCACGUGUGAUCAAAUUGUUCUACAAGGAGGGUGAUGGAUUUGGCCAUCCUAAUGAAAACCUCAAAGCCUACUUUACUUCUUUGUUUUUAUAA